AGACAAGGCAGCAGACCACAGGCUUUAAUUGUUAGCUUCCCAGGCCAGGAUGAAGUCACUCCACUUUUGCUUCCUCUUCUGUUGCUGGAAAGCAAUCUGCUGCAAUAGCUGUGAGCUGACCAACAUCACCAUCACGGUGGAGAAAGAGGAAUGCGGCUUCUGCAUAAGCAUAAACACCACGUGGUGUGCGGGCUACUGCUAUACCCGGGAUCUGGUGUACAAGGACCCAGCCAGGCCCAACAUUCAGAAAACAUGCACUUUCAAGGAGCUGGUGUACGAGACGGUGAAGGUGCCCGGCUGUGCUCACCAUGCAGACUCCCUGUAUACGUACCCAGUAGCCACUGAAUGUCACUGUGGCAAGUGUGACAGUGACAGCACUGACUGCACCGUACGAGGCCUGGGGCCCAGCUACUGCUCCUUCAGUGAAAUGAAAGAAUAAAGUACAGUGGACAUUUUGAGUUGCCCACCCUUGUCCUGAAGGACCAAGAUAUCCAAGAAGUCUGUGUGUGUACAAUGUGCCCAGGCUGCAGACCACCGUGGGAGACCCCACUGACCCCUGUUCUCCGGCAGAGGGGGAGCUCCAGGAAUGGAGAGUGCUGGGGCCUGGGGCCUGUCACUACUCAACCCUGUGUUCUAGGUCUGGUUCCAUAAGUUUUAUUCAGUCUUAAUUAACUUACAGACACGUGGGUGCUUUCACAUCUAAUAAUCUAAGAAAUCCUCUCAGACAAUCCCUUCCUCUUAGAGACAGGGAUACUGGCCCAGAUGAAGGAAGUGAGCUAAGAGUGGGUAAAAGUACUCAACGCAGCAUUCUCCUGCUAGACUCAGAGCCCUGAAGAGCAGGGCCAGCAUCUUCUUCAUGACUGUGCCUCAAUGCCUAGCACCAUGUGUAGAACUUAGUAAGAAACUCAGCAUUGGUUUCCUUAAGGAAAGUAAGAUCAGAACGGUAGAGGGUAGGAAAAUACAGAAAGAGGAUGUUUGAGGCUAUCUGAUGAAGCUGCUCUCAGCAGUGCCAGUGAGUCCUUGGAAGUGGAGCAUUGGUUCCAGUAUCACCUCCGGCAUGUGGAGGAUAGAGACAGGAUGCCUCUCUCCGAAUGGAUCAGGUGGAGGUUACUGAGCUCAGGACUUCCAAGCUAUUACUGCCAACCCCUUCCUUUAGUUAAGGGUGAAAGCAAGAAAUGUUAAUGUCAGCUUGUGGAAAUUACCCCCAUCUAUUCCACUAUCGAAAUAAAUUGAACAAAUGCUAUCAUGCUCCUGCAAAACUCCCUUUGGGAAGUAAGAAAAAUUAUAUGGUCCUGCCCUCCAGGCUGGGAUCUACUCCUUUGGAGAGAUGUAGAUUUGAAAGUAGGUUUGAAAGGAAUUUUGGCAACUUUAUAAGUGCAUUUACCUUAUCUACAAAUACAUUUGUGUAAAGAAAUAGCUCUUUUAGAAUGAAUUAGCCAUGAGGAAAAAAACAAAACAGCUAACGGCUGUUUUCUAGAAUCCUCUCUGCAUGCAUCAGUCUUCUCUUUUGUCUGUCCAUAUUCUCUCAAAUCUGUUUCUUUCAAGAGGGUAAAUAUUGUAAUUAUUUCAUGAGUUGAUUUCAAGAUUUCUCUUAAUAAUAUACUUGUUUCAUACUCAUGUUGUUUAACUAAUUUAUUUAAAUCUUAUUUUUUUAAUAAAGAUGCUAGCCACCAGACUUACGGAUUUGGAUUUUUUUCACAUACAAGCAGAUGACUAGAAUGUCUGUAUGUUUAUAAUAUUAGUAGAAAGAAUGUCACCAAAAAUUUCAAGUCCUUCUGUAAUAUUUAUCUGUCUGU